AUGGAAAUAAUUGCAGUGAUCGUUGAUCACGACAAUCGCGUUCUCAGAUUCGAUCUUCAGAUCACAGCAGAAUGGCGAAAAGUGGCCACGGAUCGGGCCGGCCUGGCCGUACUCCUGUUCCUGUUCUCGGUGGCGACCGUGUUCGGCAACACGUUGGUGAUCCUCGCCGUGGUCAGGGAGAGGUAUCUCCACACGGCGACCAAUUACUUCGUCACCUCGUUGGCGUUCGCCGAUUGCCUGGUCGGGUUGGUCGUGAUGCCGUUCAGCGCCAUUUACGAGGUGUUGGAGAACCGAUGGCUGUUCACCACCGACUGGUGCGACGUGUGGCGCUCGUUGGACGUCCUGUUCUCCACAGCGUCGAUCCUCAAUCUGUGCGUCAUCAGCCUGGAUCGUUACUGGGCCAUCACCGACCCGUUCACCUAUCCGAGCAAGAUGAGCAGGAAACGGGCCGCCAUACUCAUCGCGAUCGUGUGGAUCUGCUCGAGCGCCAUCUCGUUCCCGGCGAUCGUGUGGUGGAGGGCCGUGCGAACGGAGGAGGUGCCCGAGGACAAGUGCCCGUUCACCGAGCACCUCGGAUAUCUCAUCUUCUCGUCGACCAUCAGCUUCUACUUACCCCUGUUCGUAAUGGUGUUCACUUACUACAAGAUAUACAGGGCGGCCGUGAUCCAGACCAAGAGCCUGAAACUGGGCACCAAGCAAGUUUUGAUGGCCUCCGGUGAAUUGGAGCUCACUCUGAGGAUACAUCGGGGCGGUGGAACCAACACCGACGCGAGACACCUGUUCCGCACCGCCUCGAGCACGCCCGAGGACCUCCAGGAUCUCGAGGAGCCGCUCACUACCGUCCAGCACAACAACUGUUUAACCAGGGUCCCGUCCACGAGGAUCAAUAAACAGCACAGGGGCAACAAUUUCUCCCUGUCCCGAAAACUGGCCAAGUUCGCCAAGGAGAAGAAGGCGGCCAAGACGUUGGGGAUCGUGAUGGGCGUCUUCAUCAUCUGUUGGCUCCCUUUCUUCGUCGUCAACCUCUGGUCGGGCUUUUGCUCCCAGUGCAUAUGGCAGGAGAAGAUCGUGUUCGCCGCUGUUACGUGGCUGGGUUGGAUAAACAGCGGAAUGAAUCCGGUCAUAUACGCCUGCUGGAGCAGAGAUUUUCGUAGAGCGUUCGUGAGGAUCCUGUGCGCCUGCUGCCCCGGACGAGUAAGGCGGCGGUAUCAACCUGCAUUCAGAUGUAAACCAAGUCAAUACGUUUCCGGGGUGAGUACGAGCGGCGAGGCGAGCCGCGUGAGUUACAGCAGCGUGAGCCAGAGCAGCGACGGUGCCGGAAGCGUGCUGCCCAGCGGCGGGAUGUGACGUCACACGGGGGCCCGGUCUGGGCCUCGACGAGAGCGCGCUAUCCGUUUCCGUGACACGUGAUUGUAGGCUCGCUUCUCGAGGAAUCGUGUCGAGCGAACUUCCACUCGGAAAUGCACAUUCCAGAUCUCCGAGUUCGGAGCCGAGGUGAACCAACAUCGCCUCCUCCCUCCUGUGUGCAUCUGCGCGUCAUGUGAGCGUGAGUGUGUACGUGUGUGCUUCCGACUAGACGAAUCGAGGAUAAACGACGUGCUUCCGUUCUUCCUUAUCGUCGAGCUUUUUAAAACACCGGUGACGAAAAGUGGACCACGAAGAAGCGUCACGCGCGAACCGGGACGCCCCAAACCGGGAUACUUGUACCGGUUAUUGUGUGCCCCUUUGCUAAAUCCUUUUUCUUCUUCUUCUUCUUCUUCUUUUUAUUGAUAGAAAUUUUUGUUAGAUAGUUUUUUGUAAUGUCGUGUUUAUAAGAAUUGAUUGAUCGAGAAUUUGGUUAUAAGUGAAGUGAUGCUGAGAUGAGAAUUAAGAAAGAAAAUUGUUAAUUAAAUUAAUAAUUGAAAUUGGUUUUUGAAAAAUUGAUUUCAUUCAGGGGCGCACAAUGAUCGGUGUAAAUAGCCUGUUAUUUCUUGUACAUAGAGUAGUAUUCGCGUUUUGUACAUCCUAUAACGAAGGAUUUAGAGAAAAUCGAAAGACGGUAAAAGGCCGUAAAUCGUGCUCGGCCGAUAGCUCGUUACCGUUUUUACGUUUCGAAUACCUUCGAGAUACUACUGUAGCCUUUUAGCGAGAAACCUUCGUACACGGAAUCGUAAAACGAUCUGGUGAUGCGCGAACGAGAGUAUCUAUCCGAGUUAUCCUUUACUUUCUUCUCCAACGAGCCAACGAAUUGUGUCUAACCGUUUCGUUUCGAUGCGAUUACCGCUUUUCCGAGUCGAAUUUCAAGAAAAGAAAAAA